CCGCGCAUGGCGGAGCGGCGGCGGCGGCGGCGGGGCCCGGGCAGCGGCGCGGCCAAGGUUGCAGAAUCAGCAUGUGUCCCCAAUAGUUAAAAAGACAGGAGCCGUCUCUGCCAAGCAAGAAACCAGCAAAGAUAUUUCACAAUGGAUGUAGACGAUGAAGAAAACAUGAGUUCGAGCAGCACCGACAUUAAAGAAAACCGCAAUGUGGACAACGUUCCUCCCAAGGACAGCGCCGGGCAGGGCCUUGGCGAGGGCACCCCGCUCUCCAACGGCGGUGGCAGCAGCAGCAGGAAGAGACCUCUGGAGGAGGGCAACAAUGGCCACUCCAAAUUUCGCCCCAAGAAGAGGAAGAAAACGCCCGGCCCCGUUCUGCCAAAGAACGCCCUGAUGCAGCUUAACGAGAUUAAACCCGGUUUACAAUACAAACUCCUCUCCCAGACGGGGCCAGUCCACGCCCCCAUGUUUGUGAUGGCGGUGGAAGUCAAUGGGCAGGUGUUUGAGGGGUCUGGCCCGACAAAAAAGAAAGCCAAGCUUCACGCUGCCGAAAAGGCUCUGCGCUCCUUCGUCCAGUUCCCCAACGCCUCGGAAGCCCAUCUGGCCAUGGGCAGGACUCUGUCGGUCAACACAGACUUCACAUCUGACCAAGCUGAUUUCCCUGACACCCUUUUCAACGGCUUCGAGACGCCAGUUCCUUCUGACGCUUCCUUCUACCUGGGGUCCAACGGGGACGGCUCCUUUGGCUCCGGCGGGGACUACGGGUUGCCAUCGUCUGCCGUAGCCAGCAGCCUCUCCCAGUCGCCGCUGCCCCCACCCUCCCCCUACCCCACGGCCAGCGGGAAGAACCCCGUCAUGAUCCUCAACGAGCUGCGGCCCGGGCUGAAGUACGAGUUCCUCUCGGAGAGCGGAGAGAGCCAUGCCAAGAACUUCAUCAUGGCUGUGGCAGUGGAUGGGCAGACUUUCGAAGGCUCGGGAAGGAACAAAAAGCUGGCAAAAGCUCGGGCUGCUCAGUCAGCCCUGGCAUCCCUGUUUAACAUGCAGCUGGACCAGACUCCGUCUCGCCAGCCCAUUCCCAGUGAGGGGCUCCAGUUACACUUGCCACAGGUGUUAGCUGAUGCUGUUGCACGCUUGGUUGUAGAUAAAUUCAGUGAUUUGACAGAAAAUUUCUCGUCUCCACAUGCACGUCGAAAAGUCCUUGCUGGAAUUGUCAUGACAACAGGUACAGAUGUGAAAGAUGCCCUGGUAAUAAGUGUUUCUACAGGAACAAAAUGCAUCAAUGGGGAAUACAUGAGUGAUCGUGGUCUUGCAUUAAAUGAUUGCCAUGCAGAAAUUAUAGCUCGACGGUGUCUGCUGAAAUUUCUGUACACACAACUUGAGCUUUACCUAAGCAAUAAAGAAGAUCAGCAAAAAUCCAUUUUCAUCAGAUCAGAGCAAGGCGGGUUUAAGCUGAAGGAGAAUGUGCAGUUCCAUCUCUAUAUCAGCACAUCUCCUUGUGGUGAUGCUCGGAUUUUCUCACCCCAUGAAGCAGCACAAGAGGACCAAGGGGACAGACAUCCAAACCGCAAAGCCAGAGGACAGCUCCGGACAAAAAUCGAGUCUGGGGAAGGGACCAUCCCUGUGCGCUCCACCACCACUAUCCAGACGUGGGAUGGGGUAUUGCAAGGAGAGAGGCUGCUGACCAUGUCCUGCAGUGACAAGAUAGCCAGGUGGAACGUAUUGGGUAUUCAAGGAGCCUUACUUAGCCUCUUUGUGGAGCCAAUUUACUUCUCUAGCAUCAUCUUGGGGAGUUUAUAUCAUGGGGAUCAUCUAUCCAGAGCCGUAUACCAGAGGAUAGCAGAGAUAGAAGACCUACCACCUCUUUAUACACUCAACAGACCUUUACUUAGUGGUAUCAGCAACGCAGAAGCCCGUCAGCCGGGGAAAGCCCCGAACUUCAGCGUGAACUGGACAGUGGGAGACGCUGGUCUGGAAGUCAUUAAUGCCACAACCGGCAAGGACGAGAUGGGCCGCGCCUCGCGCCUCUGUAAGCACGCCUUCUACAGCCGCUGGAUGCGCAUCCAUGCCAAGCUUUCCUCCAGCUUGCGCUCAAAGAUCCUCAAGCCCAACCUGUACCACGACACCAAGCAAGGAGCCACAGAGUAUCAAACUGCUAAAGAGUGUUUGUUUAAAGCAUUCCUGAAGGCAGGACUUGGAGCCUGGGUGGAGAAGCCCAUAGAACAGGAUCAGUUUUCUCUCACAGUCUAAUUCACAAACUGCACAUCACUUGGGAAGGGGAGUUGUUCUGGAGAUUCCUGGUGUCCAGCAUUGCUUUCUGACAUCUCUACAGCCGUCAAAACAUCUUUCUGCUCUUUGGAGUUGGGUUUCCUCGGAUUUUUGUUUUGAAACUUCACAGUAGCUGUUUCUGUUUUGCCUAAGUAUUGAAACUCAAUGAUGAUGCAACACAUAAUUGUAUAUUUUGUUAUAGGAAAGUAAUUUCUGGUGUAUUUCUAGAAAUACUUUUACUGUAGAGAACUUGCAGUAAGGCUGUCCUUACUGUGUACAAUGACUCAUUUUUUCUGGGUUAAAAUAAUUUCUUUUUUAAUUCAAUGUCAUCAAGUGCAUGAAGAAAUUAAUAGUUUCUCUAGGUUUUACACCACACUUUUAGGAAGUAGCUUAAUUUUUAAAAAAGAAGAUAGGUGACAAAGCUGAUUCUACUCCUCUGUUAACUUGUUUUUCAACUGCAGAUAUUUUUAGUACAUAGAUCACAGAGGCGGAAUGGAAUCUGGACAGGACAGCUAGUUUUUUCCCAAUUCCUUGCUCUUUAAAACCAGCUGCUGAAAAUUUCAUGUCUUUGAUGUAUGUAUUUAUUAGUCUGUGAGUCAGUUUUUAACAUGCAGCUUUUUAUUCUGUUUUUAAAAAUACAUUUACCUCCCAUUUA